AUGGCUACGAUACCAGUGAAGUACUACCGGGGCGGGACGAGCAAAGCUCUGUUCCUGCACGAGAAGGAUAUCCCUUCCCCCGGACCAGCACGAGAUCGUACCUUACAACGCAUCAUGGGCUCGCCAGACCCGAUGCAGAUAGAUGGAAUGGGCGGCACGCACAUCGUCACCUCUAAAAUCGCCAUCAUCCGACCUUCGACGCGGCCAGAUGUCGAUGUCGACUACACAUUUGCUCAGAUCUCUGUCAAAGACGACCAGAUCGGCUACGGUGGCAACUGCGGCAACAUCAGCUCUGCCGUCGGCCCUUUUGCCAUUACCGAGAAACUCGUCAAGGAGUUUAGGCCUGGUGUUAGUCCUGAGAAAGGCCUGACAGCGCAACUUGUUCGCUUUUACGUGACUGGGACACAGAAGGUGAUGGAGGAGCAUGUGCCCAUCGAUGCAGCUGGUAACGUGGUUACAGCGGGAGACUUUAGUAUUGAAGGGUGCCCUGGGACAGGAGCACCGAUCUUGAUUGACUGUAAAGAUACGAUUGGUGGCGCAUGCAAUAGAGGCGCGCUACCUACGGGCAAUGUCAUCGACACCACGACCGUUGCUGGAAAGGGCAUCGAGUGUACAAUCUGCGAUGCGGCCAAUAUCGUGGUCUUCGCUCGAGCUUCGGACAUGGGUAUCAACGGCGACGAAGAGCCCGGUGUACUAGACAAGGACACCGGUCUCCUGGACCGCAUUAGAGAACUCAGAGGAAGAGCGGCACAGAAUGUUGGCCUCUGCUCGAGCUGGGAGACCAUCGAUCAAGUAUCCUUUCUUCCUAUGGUCGCAUUGGUCUCCAGAGCCACCAGCUCACAAUGUCAUGUUCAGUCAAGGCUUUUCCUGGACAACAAAUGCCAUACUGCAAUGGCGGGAACGGGCUCAGUCUGCCACGCAGCAUGUAGCCGCAUCAAGGGCACUAUCGUCAAUCAGCUGCUGAAGCCUGGCGCCGAAGCCGAGAAUGUGCUGAACAUCCAGCACCCAUGUGGUUUCAUGCCAGCAGCUGUAAAGGUUCAACCACAGGCGGACAGCGUGGUGCCAGGUUUCGAGACUCUGUCCUUCAUCAGAACUGCCCGACGAAUCUUUAAGGGCGAGCUUGAUGUGCCAGAAGAUAUCAAGGGGGUCUACACAGAGGGAAUGACGGCGGACAAGCCACAGACGAAUGGAAUUCAUACCAACGGCGGCAGCAGUACUGCCAACACGGCUGGUGAAGGUGCAACGGCAGCUAUUGCGACCUUUGCAUCAUCCUUCACUGCAGACUUACUUACGCCAAAUGUGGUUCAGAAGCUCAAGGAACUUCUCCUGGACUACAUCGGUGUUGGAUGCGCAGCAACAGUAUCGGCAGACUCAACGCCUGCCUUCCUCAGCCAGCUCAAGAAGACGGCUACCGGUCAGACCGGGCUCAGCACCAUCUACGGCCUGGGAUCAUCGUUUGCACCUUCAACUGCUGCACUGUACAACGCUGCCUUCGCCCACUCACUAGACUUUGACGACACCUACAUGCCAGGUGCUCUUCACCCAGGCGUAACAGUCAUCUCCGCUGUUCUGUCUCAGACGCACAUUCAAGAGCUGAAGACCGAGGACUUCCUCACUGCGUUGGCCGUUGGCUACGAGACUGUUUGUCGGCUGUCGAAGGCGAUCGGGAUGGGAGGCUACGCACGGGGCUUUCACAACACCUCAACGACAGGCAUCUUUGGUGCUGCUGCGGCGAUUGGGAGACUCCGAGGGCUAAAUCAAUCGACCAUUGAGAAUGCUUUCGGGCUUGCUCUGUCCAGGGCAUCUGGAUCCAUGCAGUACCUUGAGAAUGGAAGCUGGAACAAGCGCCUUCACCCUGGGUUCGCUGCAUCAGAUGCACUGCUCUGUAUUGAUCUUGCAGAGGCCGGCGUCGUUGGAGCGGCGAAGCCAAUAGAGGGCAAGUACGGCCUACUGAAGUCGUAUGCAAAGGGCGCAAAGCCGGCACUGCUAGACCUACAAAGCCUUGGAAAGAAAUGGGAGUUCCUGGAGACGGCCAUAAAGCCUUUCCCAGCCUGUCGAAUGACACAUGGCCAGAUCGAGAUGGCCGCUACGCUUCGACAGAGAGCCCGCGGACGUAAGGUGAAGACCCUGGCGGUCGGGCUGACAAAGCAAUGCGUGCCUAUCGUGGGAGUUCGCCAGGAGAACAAGAUCCACCCUCAGACGGUAGUCGACGCGCAGUUCAGCUCGUACUACCAGACUGCCCUGGCGUAUCUCCAUGGCGACACGCUCGGUUGGAGUGCCUACGACCACAUCGAGGACUCUACCGUCCGCGAAUUGUCGGACAAGAUUACUGUCGAGGCUGAUGAUGCCCUGAGCGGCUUGGGGAGCUGGGUUAGAGUCGAAUACGAGGAUGGUUCUGUGGAUCAAGAUACGUGUCUCUAUCCCAAAGGCGAGAAACAGGCGCCGAUCAUGUGGGGAGACAUCAAGAAGAAGUACAUGAGUUUGUCGGAACCUGUCUAUGGCGAAGCGAAGGCGACGAAGAUCAUGAACCUGGUGGAUGAGAUUGACUCGCUUGAUGUGGCGCAUUUGAUGCACUUACUGAGCAGUAGGAAGUAA